GAGGACAGGAGUGGCGGGGAGGUAUGACCCUCAUUCCAGAGAGUGUAGGUACAAGUGCGGAGAAGGGGGAAUGAAAAAUUAAGACGCUGAUACUGAUAAUGAUGUUGAUUAAUAUUAUUUUCUGUGCCGAUCAGACGUUUCCUUUCGGUUUAAAGAGAGAACUUGGGUGCGGAGGAGUGGGCGGGUGUUGGCAGUCAGGAGGUGGGGCGGGCCAAGCCCUUCGCAUUGGCUCUUGCUGUUGUUUGCGAGUUUGUGUAAUGGUGACAGCAGCUUAAAGUUAGACCGCAGCUGCAGGACCCCUGCGGAGUUCCUGCGGAGCCCCGAAGGCGGUGAGGACAGGACCAGCGAUCCGAAACCAGCUAGGCGAAAGUCUCUGGAGACCAUGACCAAGAAAAGGGUCGCUGUGAUUGGGGCAGGCGCCAGCGGGCUCUCGUCCAUCAAAUGCUGCCUGGAAGAAGGCUUGGAGCCCGUCUGCUUUGAAAGGAGUGUUGACAUCGGGGGCCUCUGGAGGUUCCAGGAAAAUCCUGAGGAAGGAAGAGCCAGUAUCUACAAAUCAGUGAUCAUCAAUACUUCUAAGGAGAUGAUGUGCUUCAGCGACUACCCGAUCCCAGAGCAUUACCCUAACUUCAUGCACAACUCUCAUGUCCUAGAAUAUUUCAGGAUGUAUGCCAAAGAAUUCGGCCUUCUAAAGUAUAUCCAAUUCCAGACCACCGUGUGCAGUGUGAAGAAGCAGCCUGACUUCUCCACCUCAGGCCAAUGGGAAGUGAUCACUGAGCAUUUAGGGGAAACGAAGAGGGAUGUUUUUGAUGCCGUCAUGGUUUGCACUGGCCAUCACACCAACGCUCACCUACCCCUGGAAAGCUUCCCGGGAAUUGAAAAAUUCAAAGGACAGUACUUCCAUAGUCGAGACUAUAAGAACCCAAAUGGAUUCAUUGGAAAGAGGGUUGUUAUAAUUGGCAUUGGGAAUUCUGGAGGGGAUCUGGCUGUCGAGAUUAGCCACACAGCCAAGCAGGUAUUCCUCAGUACCAGGAGAGGAGCUUGGAUCCUGAAUCGUGUAGGAAGCCAUGGAUAUCCGUUUGAUGUGCUGUUUUCUUCUCGGUUUAUGUAUUUUUUAUCAAAAAUAUGUGGCGAAUCGUUAUCAAAUUCAUUUAUGGAAAAAAAAUUGAAUGAAAGAUUUGACCAUGAGAUGUUUGGCCUGAAGCCUAAACACAGGGCACUGAGCCAGCACCCAACAGUAAAUGAUGACCUGCCCAAUCGUAUAAUAGCUGGCUUGGUGAAGGUGAAAGGAAAUGUGAAGGAAUUCACAGAGACAGCGGCCAUAUUUGAGGAUGGCUCCAAGGAAGAUGACAUCGAUGUUGUUAUCUUUGCCACAGGCUAUAGUUUUUCCUUUCCUUUUCUGGAAGAUUCUGUCAAAGUUGUGAAAAACAAAGUAUCACUGUAUAAAAAGGUCUUCCCACCUAACCUCGAAAGGCCAACUCUUGCAAUCAUAGGCCUGAUACAGCCUUUGGGAGCGAUUAUGCCCAUUUCAGAGCUCCAAGGACGCUGGGCUACUCAAGUAUUUAAAGGGAUAAAAACAUUGCCCUCAAAACAUGAAAUGAUGGAAGAAAUAACUAAAGUUCAAGAGAAAAUAGAAAAAAGGUAUGUGGAGAGCCAACGCCAUACCAUUCAGGGAGAUUACAUAGCAACGAUGGAAGAGCUUGCUGAUUUGGUGGGAGUCAGGCCCAACCUACUGCCUCUGGCCUUCACUGACCCCAAGCUGGCCUUAAAGUUAAUUUUUGGACCCUGUACUCCCGUCCAUUUUCGUCUACAGGGCCCUGGAAAGUGGGCUGGGGCUCGGAAAACUAUCUUAACCACAGAAGAUCGUAUCAGGAAGCCCCUGAAAUCAAGAGUAACUGAAACGAGCAAUUCCCUGGCUUCAACAGUGACAAUCAGCAGGUUUAUGCUAGCUGUCGUUUUCUUUGCUAUAAUUAUUGCUUACAUUUAGAUGUUCCAUUGUCAAUGCCCUGAAUUUCACUGGGAGGCUUGAUCCAGAGAUGUCUUUAGAACCUGAAAAAAUCCAAUAACUCUCGCUUUCAUAUUGUCCAAAAAUGUUUUAUCUUUCAGAACUUUAAUUGUUUUCCUACAGUGAAAUUCCAGGUUUAUUUGAAUGGACUCAUUUCUAUUUCUCCUAAUCCCUUUCUGAUCUUGUUUAAAUGAUUGUAUUAUUCUUGUUCUAAUAAGCUUGGUCUUUUAUUAUUAGAAGCUCAAUUUUUCUUGUUUCUAAUGCUGUAACAAAUGUACAUCUUCUGACAUACAUGAAUAGUACAGUAUUGGUCUUACAAAGGUUAUAUAGAUAAAAAUUAUAGAUACCCAAGACUUUUGUUUUACUUCCUAUUCAUUAAUGUACCUGGUAGAAGUACUUUCUACUUCUGGCUGAUCAUUUGAAUAAUUUAGCACUACCAAUAAAUUAUACUUGACUGAGAUACAUUAGCUGUCCUAUCUUUUUUUUUUUUUUUUAAAUCUUAGUUUCCACAUUAGGAUCCAGUAAGACAUUGGUUUAUCAAGUAAAUAGCUACAAGCUGUUGAUGGUGUCUGCUAAAAAUGUGACUUGUCUCCCCAACCCUUUCUCUUUUUCUUAUAGGGUGUAAAUAAAAAAGAAAAAUUCAAA